UCAGUAAUCAUAUCAAGCAUAUAUAUAAGACAAUUUUGUAUUCCCCUAAACAUUAAGAAGAAACAACUAAACAGAGCCAAGCAAAGCAGAGAGAAUAGACUUUGAUUCCAAGCUUUUUCAAAGAGUAAUAAAAUGUCUGCAAAUGAAUUACCUUCUUCGGCCCAAGCCUUCUAUGAACAAGUCCUUAGUUGUUUUAUCUCUAGAAAGCUGCUUAUGCACAACUCUCAACGAGCCCAUGCGGUCGCACCAACUCCUCCUAUAAGCCAUGAGAACAACGUCAGUGGUGGUGUCUUGGUGCUUCUCUCAGUCCUCAUCUGUGGAAUCAUCUUCUGCCUCGGGUUACAUUACCUCAUUUGUUUGGCAUUCAGACGCUAUUCAAGCUUCAUGAUCUCUGAGCCUGUCCCCAGUCUUUCAACACAACGUGAUUCAUCACACAAAGGAAUCAAGAAGAAAGCUCUUAGGAUGUUCCCAGUCGUGAGUUACUCACAUGAGCUGAACCUCUCUGGGAUUGGUGAAGAGUGCGUCAUCUGCUUGUCGGAUUUUGUUUCCGGUGAAAUGCUCAGGCUGCUACCUAAGUGCAACCACGGGUUCCAUGUUUGUUGCAUUGACAAGUGGCUUCAACAACACUUGACUUGUCCAAAAUGCAGACACUCUUUGGUUGACACAUGCCAGAAGAUCUUAGGUGACUUCAGUCAAGCCGAUCACGUGACAGCAGGACCAACAGAGAACGUUAUUGUCAGAAUAGCUACUCUGGAACCUGAAGGCAGAGUAAACACUUUUAGAGAAAGCAGCUAAGUGUUCAGAAACCAUCAUUAAUCCAGAAUAUAUGCUCAAGCUAGAUAGGAGAUUUUAGAUCUGAGCAUAAUUCAUGUCUAUAUGAUUCCAAAAAAAUACACUUAGAUAUAUUUUUCUGUAGCACAAAGUAUAUAUAGCGAGAACAUAUCUCACUUUUCAGUACUAUCUCAUUG